AUGCUGAGGAGGAAGAGGAGCGUGUCCUUCGGAGGCUUCGGCUGGAUUGACAAAUCUUCCAUCAGCGCCCUGAGAGCUCGAGAGAGAGAGAGAGAGAGGCUGCAUCUCAUCAGACUUGGAUACUCAGUUACCGACGGCAACAGAGCAAUGCUGCACGACCACUGUAAACAAGAACUCCAGGCGGCCUCCAAUGGCGCCGAUGUCGACUGCCCGCCGCCCUCGCCUCCCCGCACCGCACCUCCCACCACCAAGUCGGCCCAUUUCUUUGACACUAUGGACAAGAUGGAGCAGGUUCCAGAAGCUGCUGAGAUGAAGGCCGUCCCUCCGAGGCAGAAGGAUGACUACAUACCUUAUCCAAGGAUUGAGGAGGUAUUGGAGAAGGGAGGACCAUUCCCCCAAGUCAUCCUCCCCCAGUUUGGAGGUUACUGGAUAGAGGACCCCGAGGAAGCAGCGCCCCUUCCCGCCACCGGUAGAGACGAAGUGUUAGAAGGAGUAGACGAGGCACAGGAAAACGCAGGGGGCGGCUAUCGUCUGGAAGAGUCCAACCAAGCCGCACGGGCGUACAGGAAGUACUUUUUGGGCAAGGAGCAUUUAAACUUUUCUUGCCCGUGCAGCAGUGUCGGAAACUUGUUGUUGUCUGUCAGGCAUGAAGAGGAGAAUCAGCAGGAACACCUCCACAUCAUCAUCAGGUCUCGAGUGAAGACAAUCUAUCAACGGCUGUCGGUGACAGAACUGCCCGAUAUACCGAGUGUGCAAGAGCUGGUUAAGCUGCUAGGCGAAGACGCAGCCGGCCUCCGUUUCAGUCCUGUCCUCUACCCGAAGGCGUCUCAGCUGAUUGUCAACUACGACGAGCACGAGGUCAACAACACGUUUAAGUUUGGAGUCAUUUUUCAACGCUUUGGACAGGUUUCCGAGGAAGAGCUGUUCAGGAACAACGAAGAAACGCCAGCGUUCCAAGAGUUUCUCCAGCUGCUGGGCGACACUGUGAAACUACAGGACUUUAAAGGGUUUCGGGGAGGUCUGGAUGUGUCCCACGGUCAGACGGGUUCUCAGUCAGUUUAUACGGUCCACAGACAGCAAGAGGUCAUGUUCCAUGUCUCCACCAAGCUUCCCUUCACAGAGGGAGACAGCCAACAGCUCCAGAGGAAGCGUCACAUAGGAAACGACAUCGUAGCCUUAGUGUUCCAGGAGGAGGCCACCCCCUUCGUGCCAGACAUGAUCGCUUCCAACUUCUUACAUGCCUUCGUCCUCGUGCAGGUGGAGGAUCCCUGCUCGGAGAACACCAGCUACAAGGUGUCCAUUACGGCACGAGAGGACGUGCCACCGUUUGGCCCCCCUCUACCGAACCCAUCUGUUUUUAAGAAGGGUCCAGCGUUUCGUGAAUUUCUCCUCACUAAGCUCAUCAACGCAGAGCUGGCCUGUUACAAGAGCAUCCGUUUCGCUCGACUAGAGGAGCGAACCAGGUCCGCCCUCCUGGACACCCUCAACGACGAGCUGCAGAGACGCUCCCAGAGAAUGCUGGGAUUGACGCAGACUCUCGACGAGGAGGCGCGGGCCGAAAAUGGACAUGCACACGGAGGUCUGCUGGAAUCCAUCAAGAGGGCCAUGCGAGGACGAAGCGUCUCCAUGGAGACCAUGUCAAGGGGUGGCGGCGGGUUGCCGACCAGUCUGAGUGGCGGGGGGUUGGCGCAUAUUAGUGCAGAGUGUAACGUGAAGUCUCCGGUGAAACGAAGAUCGGGGCUGUUCCCUCGAUUGUUGAGUAUCGACAGCCAAACAGACAAGCACAACCAGAGAAGUUUCCUCGGUGACCAGAGGAGCUUCGACGGUUGUCAGCCCAUGUUGGAGGUGAAGUCAGAGCUUCCGUCCAAUCCCAGCUCUCCAGAGGCGGGGCAACGAGACAGAAUUUGCAUGAAAAAGGAUAGCAGUAAAAUUUCCAGAUCCACUUCCAGCACAUGCAGCUUCAGCCUCCCCGCAGAUGAAACCCAUCAGCUUGUCCAUGCGGUGACAGGAGAGGGUCAAAGUUCAAAUCCGCUCACCAUCUGUCGGAGCCCCACAGAGAUGAAAAAUAAGAACUCCCCACGAUCCAACCUCAAGUUUCGGUUCGACAAACUGAGCCACUCUGCGGCGGGACACUAG